CGGCGGCGAGCGAUCCCGACUCCAGCUCAUGGGGGGGAGGUAAAGCAGCAGCGCUGGAUGAGAGGCUGGCCGGCAGCGCGAGCCGCUGCAGGGUUGCUCGGAAGUAACGCGCAGUGCGUCCCACGGGGCUUACACCCCGAAACUCCAUGGAAAUUGGGAGCAAACAAAUGCCAGGCACCAAGGAGUAAGAAUCUCUUUGAUCUUAUUAAAUAAACAGGUCUACACAGACUGAGAUCGUUGUUUAUUGCCUACCUUGCUGCUGUCGCCGCCUGUCGAUCCAGCUGCAUCAUGGACAGAUGAUCUUGGCCUGUCCCCCGCCAUGUUGCAGUUGCGUGGCCGUUACCUGCUGCUCUUCCUGGGAGUGCAGCUGGUGGUGAUGGCCCUGCUGUACCGCGAGGGAUAUCGGAAACGUGUUGCCUAUUUCCUAGGCAUCUUCUACAAGGGGGGCACUUUGACUAUACUGACCAGCCUACACAACACCUCAUUGCCAGGGGAUGUCUAUGCCAACCUCAGCUUGAUUGCCCGCCCGCCCGCGCCCCCAGAAGACCUUCCGUAUUGCCCCGAGGCCUCGCCUUUUCUUGCGGGGCCAAUUCGGGUGACUUUCCCUUCAGGACUGUCACUGGAAGAUAUUUUGCGGAAGAAUCCUUACGUGAGCAGAGGGGGCCGAUACCGCCCUCCAGACUGUGAUGCCCUCCACAAAACAGCCAUCAUAAUUCCCCACCGCAAUCGGGAGCAACACCUAAAGUACCUGCUCUACUACCUGCAUCCUUUUCUGCAGCGGCAGCAGCUCAACUAUGGUAUCUACAUAAUCCACCAGGCUGAGAACUACACUUUUAACCGGGCCAAACUGUUGAAUGUGGGCUUCAAGGAGGCGAUGAAAGACGAGGACUGGGACUGUAUGUUCUUCCAUGAUGUGGACCUCAUCCCUGAGGAUGAUCGCAAUGUGUAUACUUGUGACCGUUUUCCUAAGCAUGUAGCUGUUGCCAUGGACAAGUUUGGCUACAAGCUUCCCUACAAGACCUACUUUGGAGGGGUUUCUGCACUCAGUCCAGAACAAUACAUGAAGAUGAAUGGCUUUCCUAACACCUACUGGGGCUGGGGCGGUGAAGAUGAUGACAUUGCAGUCCGGGUAGCACUGAGUGGGAUGGUUAUCUCUCGCCCAUCUAUUCAGUAUGGCCGCUACCGUAUGAUCAAGCAUGGACAUGACAAGGGCAAUGAGCAGAACCCCAAGAGAUUUAACUUGCUGGCCAAGACAAGGAGAACAUGGAAACAGGAUGGUAUGAACACAUUGGAGUAUGAGCUGCUCUCCAAGGAACUCCGCCCCCUCUACACAAACAUCACUGUCUUUAUUGGCACUGAGAAGGGAAUGCGGCACUCCACAUGACAGCUUACUGUAGAAUGACACGGGGGCAGGAGUCCCACAUUGCCACUGCUCCUGGACUGAGGAAACCAAAGAAUCCAGAGGGAUGUUAAGCCCUGAGCAGUAUGAUUGGAUUGUGUGGAGACUGCAGUGUUCAGCAAGGUGCUAGGAGUUAAUCUGUUCCAAGAACUGAAUAGGGACUUUACACACACCCCUGGCAUUUUUAUCUUGGAGACUGGGUGGGCAUGACUUUCUGGGACUCUGUUGGUGGGAUGCCUUUCAUACCUUGGUUGAAGGAGCAGCUUGAUCAGAGAAGCAGGACUGUCUUUUGCAGUCUGAACUUCAGCAGCUGCUAUACCAUGGUUUGUCUUUCUUAUUAAAGUGCAAUUUAUUUUAAAACA